GUGAUAGCAGUGGAGCGUGAGUCUGAGACACAUUAAUAAUGUAUGAGGGGGAGUGAUGACGAAGAGGAGGCGGUGACAGAUGGAGAAUCAGUGUGUGAGUGUGUGUCGGAGAGAGAGUAACGUUCUGACAGACAGUGAGAGCUCAGAGAAAGGAAAAGGGAUAGAGUGAGUUGUGGGGGGCAAAGGAAAACAGAUUAAAUGCUAUAAAGGAAGACUUUUUCCUUCCUUUAUUUUUGGAGCGUCUGCUGCUGCUCUGUCUCCCAUCUCUGAAUUCAGCUGACAGCAGCUCGAGUCUUUGUGUUUGCUCCUUUUUUUUGCCCCCUGUAUGCUGAAGGAUUGACACACCAGGACCUACAAAGCGGUGACCAAGCACCUCUACGUGAAAGCUGCACUGACAGAGGCUCUGAAACACGUGCAGACUGUGUGUGGUUCAGCGCAGCCCAGGCAAGGAUUAUACCACUUCACUCUGUAAGUGAGAUGCCACCGAGGUGCAAGAAGCAACAACAAAAAUAGCAGAGAGCUUCUCCAAAUGCUCAAGAUACAGUUCUGAAGAGUUCCCACCUCCAAGUCACAACAGCAGGAUUUAAAGCCCUGGGAAUGAAAAGUUAAGGUCUGUGAGCGGAGGUGCCAGAGUGGAAGGAAAUAUAACAGCAGCCAAGGGGCAGUCUAGGAAACACUUUACACCAGAACGCUCCUGGAUCCGUCUGUCGCUCAUGAGCUGUCAGAGGAACCGUCUGACCAAUCAUCAGAGGGCAGGAUUGCAUGCGGCCAGUUGGAGGGAGAGAAAUGUUGGGAAAGGUUGGGCCUGCUGCCCUGACGUUGCUGUCAUUACUGCUGCUGUGGCAGGAAGCGGCAGCCAUCGAAGUUCCUCUAGAUCCAAAGAUCCAGCAAGACUUGAAGCAGCCCCCCACCAUAAUCAAACAGUCAGUGAAGGACUACAUCGUCGACCCCAGAGAUAACACCAUCAUCAUAGAGUGUGAAGCCAAGGGCAACCCAGUGCCAACGUUCUCAUGGAGGAGGAAUGGGAGGAUGUUCAACACUGGCAAAGACCCCAGAGUGACUAUGAGAAAACGCUCAGGAACCCUGGAGGUUGGAUUCCGUAGCGGAGGACGACCAGAGGACUACGAGGGAGAGUACCAGUGUUUCGCCACAAAUGAGCUCGGAGUGGCUCUGUCCAACAAAAUACUGCUCCGCGUCUCCAAGGCCCCGUUAUGGCCUAAGGAAGUGCUGGCCCCGGUGCUGGUGACCGAAGGCUCCCCUCUGGUCCUACCCUGCAACCCACCACCUGGCCUGCCUCCUCCAUUGAUAUUCUGGAUGGACAGCAACAUGACCCCCAUCCAUCAGGAUAGGAGGGUUUCCAUGGGUUUGAAUGGAGACCUGUACUUCUCCAAUGUCUUGGUCCAAGACGCUCAAAAUGACUACAGCUGCAACGCUCGCUUCCAGUUCACAUACACCAUCCAGCAGAAGAACCCCUUCACCCUCAAAGUUCAGACCACGGAGCCAUAUAAUGACACAUCUUACAAUGCCUCUGAUCCCUUUGGUGGCCGCAAAGUAGCAGAGACGCCGCCGACCUUCCAGUCUCCUGAAGGGAGUGGGAGCUCCAAAAUGGUGCUACGAGAUGAGCAAUUGCUGCUGGAGUGUAUCGCUGCUGGGCUUCCGACUCCCUCCAUCAAGUGGUUUAAGAGAGGAGGAGACCUGCCAGCACAAAAGGUGAAGUUUGAGAACUUCAAUAAGACUCUGAAAAUUCUCAGUGUGUCAGAGGAGGAUGCUGGGGAGUAUGUCUGCAUGGCAGACAACCGUCUGGGCAGUAUACGCCAUUCCAUCGAUGUCCAAGUUAAAGCUGCUCCUUACUGGUUAGACAAACCCACAAACCUGGUGCUGGCCCCAGAGGAAAAUGGCCGCCUGGUGUGUCGAGCCAACGGCAACCCCAAGCCCAACAUCCAGUGGCUUAUGAACGGCGUGCCAAUAAACAAGAUCACAGAAACUCCAACAAGCGCAAACAGAGAAGUUCUGGGUGACACCAUUAUGUUCCGCGGGGUGCAGAUCGGAAGCAGUGCGGUCUACCAGUGCAACGCCUCCAACCAGCACGGCUACCUGCUGGCCAACGCCUUCGUCAGUGUUCUCGACAUGGCUCCACGGAUGCUGGGACCCAAAAAUCAGUUAAUCAAAGUCAUCAUGAACAACCGAACCUUCCUCAACUGCCCUUUCUUUGGCUCUCCUUUACCCGAGCUUCGCUGGUUUAAGAAUGGCCAGGGCAGUGGGCUGGAUGGGGGUCAGUACCGGGUCUACGUCAACGGCACCCUGGAGAUAAAACAUGCUCGAAAGGAGGAUGAGGGCAUCUACACCUGUGUGGCUAACAACAUGUUGGGCAACGCUGAGAACCAGGUCCAGCUGGAGGUCAAAGAGCCUACUCGUAUAAUUCAAGCUCCCACGCACCAGUCAGUUUUGAGGGGCUCUAAAGCUAGCUUCCACUGUAAGGUGGUGUCGGACCCCAGCCUGCCCACCAAGGUGACCUGGACCAAGGACGGAGAGCGCCUGGAUCUGGGAUGGAGGCUGAAGAAGGAUGAAGAGUCCCUGACCAUCCCGUCUGUCAGUGAGAACGAUGAGGGAAUUUACACCUGCACUGUUAAAUCUGAGAUAGACCAGGACUCAGCCUCAGCCCGCCUCACUGUCUUAGAGGACGCCUUCCUCAACCCCUCAGUCUUUAGUGCCUUGCCUCCAGACCGUCCAGAUCCACCAAUAGAUCUGGACCUGUCAGACCCAUCAGCCCGUAGUGUUCGCCUCACCUGGAUUCCUGGGAACGACCGCAGGAGUCCUGUCACAGAGUUCUUGGUCCAGUUCGAGGAGAACCGCUGGGAGCCGGGCAGAUGGCAGGACCUGUCCUCUUUCCGCGGGGACCUCAACUCUGUCAUCCUGCAGCUUGCCCCCAAUGUCAAUUAUCAGUUCAGGGUCAUUGCCAUUAACUCAGUGGGUCCGAGUCAACCUAGUCAGCCCUCACCUCGGUACAAAACCACCGCGGCACCCCCAGAUGUCAUUCCCAGAGAUUUACGUGGUUGGGGAUCCGAUAAGGACAACAUGGAGAUCACCUGGGAGCCGCUGCGUGACCUGGAGAAAAACGGCCCAAACCUGCAGUACAACUUGUGGUGGAGACGGAAAGACUCCGGGGACGACUGGACCAACGUGACCACGUCUGACACCAAGUUCGUCGUUCGUUACACUGAGACAUAUGUGCCUUACGAGAUCAAAAUCCAGGCCAGGAAUGAGUUGGGAUCAGGACCCGAGUCUAACAUUGUCAUUGGAUACUCUGGAGAGGACAAGCCCACUGAUUCACCCUCUGAGCUGCGGGUGUCGAAGGUUGGCAGCACCAGAGCAAACAUCCACUGGAAGCCUGUAGAUCUGAGUUCUGUCCAGGGGGAGUUCAAAGAGUACAGAUUGUACUACUGGCGUGAGUCCAGUCUGGUUCCAGGGCUGAUGGUGACCACGGAGAAGAAGACCACUGGGUUCUACACGACUGUACCAGAACCGUCUGGGAUUCUCAAAGACUUGGUGCCCUACUCUAAAUAUAAGAUGUUCAUGGUUGUGGCCAACAGUCGCUUUGAGAGUCUACCCAGCAACAAUGUGGAGUUCACCACUGCAGAGGGCGUUCCGGAUGCUCCCAGGUUCUUCAGGAUUAACCGCAGAAGUCUGGACUCUCUCUACUUGGAAUGGGACAAACCAUUAGAACCCAACGGCAUUCUAAUUGGAUACCAACUCGUAUACCAGAGAGUGAACGGGUCCAGACUGGGUCCCCAGCAGAUUGAGACGUUCCGUCCCAACGUGACAGACUUCAUCCUGCGCCUGCCGGACCGGUCCGCUCGCUACAAGUUCAACCUGUCAGCGCUCACCCAGGUGGGAACGGGAGAGGUCUAUGCCGAGGAGUCGCCGCACUUUACCAAUGAAGAAAACUUUACUGAUGCUACAGAUGUAGUUGAGCUUACGGACGCCACCCUGUCUUCUGUUUUCUCUCCUACUCCUACUCCUCUUCCUCCCCUUCCUCCUACUACCAUUCCUCCCACAACAAUUAGUAGCACAACUCCUACCCCUCCUCCAGCAACCCCUCCUCCUCCUCCCCCUCCUCCUACUACUACUACCACUGAGGCAACUACACCCUCCACAGUUCCUGUGCUGGUCACCACCAAACGAGUUGAUCAGAAUGUCUUGGUAAUCCCUCGGCGGGAGAUCUGGAAUCUGACGGUGGUCCCCAACAGUUACUACGCUAACGUCAACUGGAGUCACAACUUCCCAGCUGACAGCAAGUUUGUUCUAGAGGUCACUCUGGACAGCAACAAGACAGUGACAGUUGAAGAGGUGAAACAGCCGCCCGUUAAUCUGAAGGCUCUGAUCGCUGGUGAGAAGUACCAUCUGAGGGUUUACUCCCAAGAGCUCAACAGUGUCAGCAGCAAAUCUGUCACCUUUAAAACUAAAGCAGCUCACAUAGACCAGGUAGACAUAGCCACUCAGGGCUGGUUCAUUGGCUUGAUGUGUGCCAUUGCCCUCAUUAUACUGAUCCUCCUCAUUGUCUGCUUCAUCAAGAGGAGUCGUGGAGGCAAAUACCCAAGUCCCGGCUUCUUGACUGGUUUCACAAAAUACCUGGUUCGUGACAAAAAAGAUCUUCCCCUGGAUCCAGUGGAUCAGAAAGAUCAGGAUGGAUCCUUUGAUUACCAGAACGAAAAUGAAAACAGCAGCGACGAGGACAACAAGCCUCUGCAGGGCAGCCAGACUUCGCUGGACGGCAACGUGAAGGAGAGCGACGACAGCCUCGUGGACUACGGCGAAGGCGGCGACGGCCAGUUCAACGAGGACGGUUCCUUCAUCGGCCAGUACACGGUGAAGAAGGACAAGGACGAGACGGAGGGGAACGAGAGCUCCGAGGCCACCUCUCCAGUCAACGCCAUCUACUCGCUGGCGUAGCGGAGCGGCGCUGCUGCAGGACUCCCCAGCGCCCGUCCGCACCUCACUGUACACGAGACACACACUUGAUUAUACGAGUAUCUAACACACGGUUCACGCAGAAACGCAGGAGACUCUGUCUGGAGACUAAACAGGCUGUCCUCCGUAGAGAUAAAAACGAGGAGCGCGGAGGGUGGGUAAGCUUAGACCACAAGCCUUUAAUUUCCCGUUUCUUGGCUCUGAUUACAUGAUCGUUGGACGGAGAGGAGAAGUCGUCUCCGCAUCGCCCCCGUCUGCUCUUCACCCAUGCAAAACUUUGAAGUGUGCCUUCAGUGGCGGCUUUGGAUGCAUCCGCAAGCAGUCUUGGUUUCUUUCGUUGGGUUUUCUGUCCCCCCGUCAUUUCGCCGCUGCUCUGCCUGAGAUGCUCCUCUGAAUCUGAAUCCCUGAGUCCACUCCGACCCCAUCCUGUGACAUAUCAGCCUCUCACCGUUAAUCUGAACAAGAUGCUGGCAGAUAUGUUUAUCAUAUUGAUACUUACUGCGCAGUGAACGAUUUUCUUUUCUUCUUCUUUUUUUGUUUUGUUUUCCACAGCUGGUAGAUGAUGUAUUGAAUCCUAAUAAAUGCUGUACACAGUCCUGGCACACAUUUUAGUGCCCCUUGAAACUAUGCACAACCUCCAUAACAUUUUGAGUUUAAUCUGGUAUAUAAAAACAUAACGUUAGGUUUCUGUUAGCCAUCUUAAAUAUGAAAACACGAGUUUUUAUUAUCAUGUUCGUCACCAACGUUCAAUCCAAACUUUUAAUGUCUUGUUAAAAAAAAGAGAGAGAGAAUCCAGCACCUGCACAGGCUUGAGCCCCUCUUACAUUCUACUGUAAAAAAGUCCAUCUUUUGAAUAAUAAUGAGGAAAAAAACUAAUAUUUUGAAGCAUGAUAGUAAAACAUGUGCACUAAACAGAAAUGGUAGUUUUAGCAAGAAACACCAAAAUAUCAAACCCAGUUAAUUCCCUCAUAAGCAAGCAAGCCACCACCGCUCUGUUUCCUUGUUGACGUGGCGCCUCACAUUUUCUUUUACUUUGAGUUCAAAGUUGUUACACACUAUUAAUAAAAAAAAAAUCUAAAUCUGUAGCAACAACAUUUGGGAAACGGAAGAAAACGGAAGAAAACGGAAUAAAAAUCUGCGUCACACACACGCACCCACAUACACACACACAUUGGAUAUUUCAGAUGUUGAAAGCAGACUUAUCACCACGACAUAUAAAAGCAGAUAAGAAUUGUGCAUUUCUUUUGCCUUCACAUGACCUGUAAAAUCAUUCAUGUUCUGUCUUAACCCAACUGGAUGAGCAAAUCCACACCUUUGUGUUUUUCUGCCAUUUGCGCCUCUUUGCAGAGCCUUUAUGAUAGUCAUUUGUUCUCAUGCUACUAUUAAAGUAGAAGUUUUACAGUAUGGUCAUAAUUAACUGAAUCGCUUUAAAAUGACAUAUGCUAAUAUGUUGUUUUUGGAGAGGAAGGCUCAGUAUUUUACAUUCAAGCUGAUUGGUCGACUCCGUGUUCAGUAAAAAAACAAACAAAACAAAAAAAACAGUAGGAAUAGUUUUGGUUCCUAUAUUGAUUACUUACCAAAUUAUUUAUUCAAUGCAUUACUUUAUUUCAGCCCUCAAGAGUGUGGCUAUCUGAGGUUACGUUCACACAGCAGGCAAAUGCGACCCAAAUUCGACUUGCCCCCUUUUCUCCCCCUGUAUAUGACCCACAAACAUUUUCAAUCCGAACCCGAAAAAAUCUGAUCUGUUCCACUUCCACAUGUGGUACUGAGUCACAUACGUAUCCAAACGUUGUCAAAAGGCUUCGGCGGUGUGAACCGUCGUGUCGCAUUUUCUCUGACUUUCACGUCAUUGAUUGGAGACGGGCGUUGUAACGCUGCACCAAAAGAAGCAGCAGCUCUGGAUGUAAACAAUGUCUGGAAAUUGUAAUCCUGAAACUUAUGGUCUUGUUAUGACCUUGUGACGAUGCUGUCGGUUCCCACUGCUGGAUAAACGUUCAGAUUGAUCCACAGACCGCUCCAUCCAUUACUACUGCCGUAAACAGAGCGCUGCGUUCUUCUUCUUCUUCUUCUUCUUCUUCUUCUUCUUCUUCUUCUUCUCCUGCGAGUCGCGUUGGGAUUGUAAACCGUUCAAACAGAAGUCGAUUGCGGUCAGAUUGAGUUAGCAGUAUGAAUUAAAACAGAAUAAAUAAGUAAAUAAAUGGAUUUGAGUAUCUAGACCUGCUGUGUGAACAUAGUCCAGCUCUUCAAUGAACAUCAUUGAUUUUUUUCUUUCUUUUUGUAGUUAGCUUGGAACUCCAUGUAAAUAUUUAAUUUAAUUUAUAUGUCUAUUACAGAAAUAGUGUUAAUAUUAAUUCUACAUUAUAUUCAUAUUUAAUUAAAAAAUAAAACACACAUUUUUUGCCUUUUCUGGUGGCUGCAUUUCAUUGUCAGAAAUAGAAUCAUGCCAAAACUUGACAACAACUUUAGAAACAUUUUGGCCUUUCAGAAACAAACAUACACACACAAAAACAAUAAAUAAACAAAAUGUUGUGUUUUUAAUCAAUCAAAACAGCCACAUUUCUGUCUGUUGUUCUGCUCCUGUUGUCACCAUCAUGUUGUUUUUUUUGCUGUGUGUUUAUGUAAUAUAACUCCACCCACUGUACAGAAAAUCUUUAUUCUUAUUUACUGUUUGGCAGUUAUUUGGUCCUGGAAGAAGAUCUACCAUUUUGUAAAUAAUUAUUGUUUCUUCCCCUUUUAUGUUCUUAUCUAGAAAAACAAAGUCACAUGUUGGUAUCCCCAAAGCCUCUGUAGCCUGUGACAGAUUACUGUGACUGUUGUGAUUGAGAUCUGUGAGGCCUGCUGCACCUGAUGCGAACUUUCUCUCUGAGUCGCUGCCUUUACAGAGCCGUCCGGCGCUGUCAGGUAAAGCAGCAAGGCAUCUCCCUGGCCUUUGGUUCGAUCCAAUAUCUAUUUGGAAUUAGCACAAAGAUUUGCGUUGGUCAGCAGUUCUGAAUGACCUCGGACUGAUUUUACUUGGGGAAAGCCCUUCAUUUUCUUCCAGGAUCUCAUUUGAAAGCCACAAAGCAAUGUUUGUAUGUGCAGCCAUGUUGUUAUCCCUUUACUCUAAGUGUUGGUAGUCCACAUUCUUCCCGUUCAUGCGGGUCAGUUGGUACCUUUUCGGACAAUUUAUUUCGUUAGCUCGUUUGCUACGUUUUCAUCCAUUUGUCACGAGAAUUUUGAACCAAAUUUUAAAUUUGCAAAAACGAAAUUACAAAGAAAAUGCGAAUGAGGCACAUCUCCGUCUACACGUGUGGAACGAAGCAACCAGAUUACGCAAACGUAAUGUUGGACUAAGACAUUUUUCCAGCUUUUGUGCCUCUUUAAGCCACAGGCCCUCCAGGAACACCUCCAUCCCAGGAAGCAAAGUUGAGAACUUAUUCAGCAAACGUGUUCAUGCACAUUCAGCAUCUCUACUUUAGCGCAUUGGCCUUUUUUUUUUCUCCCCUCCCCAGAAAAGCCAACAGCCAAAACUGUCUGCAAAAUUGAGGAAUUUGUUUUUUUAAAUUUUCUAAUACGAUUCAAAAUGUGUAUAAAAAUCGUUGAUGAAAACACGGCCACUGUUUGCAAGUCUUUCCUUCAACUUCAUACUAAAGAUCCUGAAAUUAAAUUUCAUUUUUUUCACUUUUAGUUAAUUAAUGUUAUUUAGUUGGUUACUUACCCGAGCCAUCAGCAUAUCUCAUGAUCUGAAUUGCUACAACAGAACGUCCGUUCCGGCUCCAAUUCUUGUUCAGAGUUGUUAAUUAGACCAAGAAUAGAACAAGGCCUGCUGGCAAAUUGCGUAACAGCCACCAAUGAGAAUUUUUGCACAUAAUUUCACUGUUUAUGUUCUCUAGCCAAUCACACAAUCAGGAAGUUCUUCCAGGAACCUUUGAGAAGGUUUCCUGUAAAAACGGUCCGUGCAUGUGCAGAACUGUGAGGAGGUGAUCUUUAGACUAAAACACAUUCCUCUAACAGGCUGCCUUCCUCAUUCACCCUCACUUCAAAACAAAACGUGAUUUUUUUUUAAAAUCCACGUUAUUCUAUGCUGAAAUCCAUUUUUUUCUUCCCCUUCUGCCUUUGUAAAAUUUUAAUGAGUUGGAUGAAGUCUUGUUCUGUAGUGUAUUGUUGCUUUAAACUGGCAUGUUGACCAGCUUGAAACUGAAAGCAAGGACAGGGAAAGCAGUGAAGGAUCCAGCUUGGAACUUUCUCCGCGGAUGUGUCCCUUUUUUCCCCUUCCUCUUCAAGAUGUGGUCUGGAAACGUGCAUCUCGCUGCUCCGUCUGCUUACAUGUUCCAUGUUCCAUCCUGAGUCGACCCCAGGGGCAAAAAAGUAAACUGGCUUCAAAACCGAGCAACAAUCUGCACACUCGUCAAUUCUUAGUUUGGUUCUCCCCUCUACCCCCCGAUUUGUUACACAUUCUGAAAGAAAAUGUCAAUUUCUUUUUCUUUUUUCCCCCCUUCCUUUCCAAAUGCUUCAAACUUUAGAAUACACCUUUGAUUCUGGGUUUUGUAAAUGACUGAUCACAUGGUGUACGGCUUUUUAUGAACUGUCAUAUUUGCAUCUCUCUUUUUUGUUUACCUACCAUGUGCGUCACAGCAGCUUGUUAAAGUCUUGCUUCAACAUGCAAAGUAAAGCAUUUGUAAAGUACUCAAGAAAAAAAAAGUAUACUCACCAUAUAUGCGUGUAUGAGAUGUUGCAACUUCUGCUAGCAACAACUUCUUUAUAGUAAAGCUAUCUCCUUUUCUC